AUAUAUAUAAAUAGAGUUUUAUUAAGAAUUUAAUAUAUUAAAGAGUCAGCAAUUCUAUUUCUCUCUGCCGCAUAGACAAGACUAUAAUCAAGCCCCAUGUAUGCAUAACUGUUUUCUCCUACUGUGCACGGACUUACCUGGUUAUUAGUCAUCGAUGUGACGUAGCAGAAAACGCUACAUUCCUGGGAGAUGCUACAGAGCGUGAUUUUUCAGGAAAGUCUCGGAGAAGAAAGAAUGCAAUGAAAGAUCUCUUAAACUUCCAUCUCCUGGCUAUUAUCGACGUGCUACUCUUUGUAGAGUUGAUGGGUUUUGCAACGUGCUGUCCUAUAUUAUGCAAUUGCAGUGGAUUUGUUGUUGAUUGUUCCUAUAGGAAUUUAACUACUGUACCUUUAAAUAUACCGGACGGUAUUAGGACUUUACUACUGAAUGGAAACCAAAUUAAGGAGAUUGGUAACAAUCAAUUUUCUACCUAUAAUUCAAUAAAACAGCUGGACCUAAGCAAUUGUAAAAUAGAAAAAUUAAGCUCAACCUCUUUUCACGGUCUAUAUAAUUUGAAAAAGUUGUACUUGGCUGAUAACAAGAUUUCCAGCUUGCCUAAUUAUUUAUUAAAAGGUUUGGAUUUGAAUUUAUUUUCUAUAUCACGGAAUUUAUUAAAAGAUUUAAAUCCAUUGGCUUUUGAUGGAAAUUUGACGUCUUUAUAUGCCAACCAAUUAUCUAUCGAACGUUUACAACGAAAGCUUAUUGAUAAUUUAAAGGCUUCGUUAAAAGUUGUGCACAUUAAUUACAAUACGAAACCCUUAAAUAUGCCCUUGGGCUUUUUUACUGGAACAUCUCUCUCAGAGCUCUCCUUAAAAGGUAACCAUUUCAAGGACAUUGAAUUUCUAUAUGGAUUAGAGAUGUCUGAGGGGAGAAUGGAUUUAAGUGAUAAUGAGAUAUCAGAUAGAGCUUGGAAUGUUCUCUAUCGAGUUACUGGAAUUAAGGACUUACUCCUCAAUAAUAUUGGUCUUACAGAAAUUUCUAAUAGAUAUCAGUCAGAAUCUCUUCAAUUUAUUGGUCUACAGAAAAAUUCCAUUAGAGAGAUAAGAGAUAACGAUUUUAAAUUUGGUCGUAAUUUAGGUGCUAUUGACCUACAAUAUAACGCCAUUACUGGUAUUCAGUCGACAACAUUCAAACACAACAAGAAUCUAACAAUAAUCGAACUAUCAAACAAUCAGAUUGAAUUUUUCGAUUUUGCAUUAUUCGACGUCAAUAGAUUAUUAAGACGUUUGUUAUUAAGGAACAAUUUUAUAAGAUCUGUCCCAAUUACUUAUCAACAUUAUUUAAAGUUAUACAAAGGAGAAUUGGAUAUAACUAAUAAUAAACUGCAUUGUAAUUGCCAACUUCAAUGGUUAAAAGAUUAUCUUUUAUCUAUUGAUUUAAGACAGAGGAGGAGAUUUAAAAUUGGCGUUUGUUCUACUCCGUCAAAUUUCGAAUUAUUGUCAAGGCGUCACGAAUUGAAAUGCAUUGUGCCUAAAAUUGAAAUUUUUACUAUAGAACAAAUACUAAAUGGCAUUGAAUUCUUUUGUACGGGCUUCGGAGAUCCUCUCCCAGAUAUCUCGGUACAAAUAAGCCCUCUAGCGAACAUAACAGUCUUGUUUAAAGGGAGUGCAAACUACAAGGGUGUGGUAAAAACUGGUUGCAGUACAUUGCUGCUAUUCCGGUGCAUAGCCAAGAACGACGCGGGUAACGCUUUCAAAAAUUCAAGUUUAAAAUCGGAGGCUUGUCCAACGGUCAUGACAACUACAGCUGACACGGACAUAGUAACUUCGAAUAUCACUCGCUCUCCUUUCGUCGUAGGCUCAGGGAGCGGCGAAGAAUCUGGAAGAAACAUAGCCGGUAUAGUUAUUGGCGUUAUAGUACCCGUUCUUGCUGUAAUUGUCGUUAUACUGGCAGUGAUAUACUGGUAUAAAUAUGGAUCUAGAAAACGCAAAGUUCAGAUUAAUCGACACGGAGCAGUGAGAAAUCACGAUCAUAAACAAAAUGGAAACAGAACUGUAACUAUAACACCCGCCGUUUAAAAAUUAUGUGCUAAGAUUUAAAUAAAAUUCUUUUUAAUUUUUUUUUUAAAAAAAAAAAGAAACAAAAGAAAAUUUUUUUCCAAAGAAAACGAUGAUAAAGACAAUGGAAAACUUUCUCCGAAAAUAUAAAAAAACAUAAAAUUAUUAUUGUUGUUCUCAUCUUUUUAUUCUAUCAAAUAAAAUCAGCAUUAUGUUCGUUGUGG